UUGGCAUAUUUAAGGGGCUGCUGUAAGCGAGAACAAAAUUGAAGAAAUCUAUAUUCCACUGUGCCCGUAAAUGUCGAUGCCCACAACCUUUCCGGCGAUCAAUUGCGCUGCCAAUGUAAGCAGUCCCGAUAAUCUGAGUUACGUCAAUGGCAACUGCCCCAAGGGUUGUGUGCGAACAUUGCGGGGUCGUUGUGUGCCGGAGAGGUGUACUACUGAUUGGAUUGGUUGGCUAAAUCGUCCUGUGACCAUGUCCUGUUACUUUCACUGGUUCCUCCUGAUGCUUGCCGCGCUCGUAAUGUUCCUAAUGUUGGGUCUGAUGGUCUGUAAUCUGGUCUACGAGGUGCGUUUAUGUCUGCGCAAGCGGCGAAGGCUCCGCUAUCGACGCUUUUCUGGCAGCAGCAGCACCAGCAGCGACAAUAGCGUUGCCUAGCGAGCUGAAGGAGAGGGAUGUCGAGAAUGAGAGCAAGAGCGAGAGAGAGAGAGAGCUGCUUCACAUGUCGUUUUUAUACAUUCGCACAUUAAUGUUGACACGCACACACACACGCACGUAUACACACGCAUACUCACACAUAUGCGUGCCCAUGCGUUCGUUGGAGGCGACGGCAUAAAGAAAGCAAGGGAUUUGGCAUAAUCUACAAUACAUUAGCGGUAGCUUUGCUCUGGCUUUCAAUUCAAUUCUUUAGGUAUCUCAACGAAAUCCAUGUAAAUUACGAUUUGGCACCUUGCGCGAACAACGUCCUUGUCCUCGUCCCCAUCGCCAUCGCCAUCGCCACCCCCAUCCCCAUUCUAGUCAUCAGCAGUCGGCAGACGCUGGCACUCAAGCGCAACUAAACAGGCAUCCAAAUCCUAUUAGUAGUUAAAAUGCCGCAGCAUCUGCUUGAUUGGCAAAUGCUUGCGGCUUGCUUAAAAAAGAGGAGAUACAGUGGAACCUACAUAAGCACACAUGCAUAUCAAUUCGAGUCGGAAGUUACAUGAUGUUGCAUCUAACUAAACAUAAAGUGUUGAUUUUUAAUAAAUACUUGCUGCCACAAUUCAAA